GUAGUGUGGUGUGCGGGUGUCACGGGCGGCGAUCAUCACGACACAGUGGAUGUGUGAUGUUGUGAGAGAACGAUCGAGCAGUAGUGAAAGUGGUGAAAGAAUUUUUCCCUGAACGAAAUCGCGCUCCAGAAUCCUGACAUUGGUCAACCGAGUAGCAGCGAACGGGGAAAAAGGAGUUCGAAGAGGAUUUGAGCGCCAACCCGGACGGUACACAGUACGAUGGCAUCCCGUGGAGGUCCAAUGGUAAUCGGCACGGACGGUGCUGAUUUCGAGCACAGGCAACGUGUGGCCGCACAUUACCAAAUCAGCGCACUCAACAAGGCCCGGUUAAAAUACUGCAUUUUCUUUCACUACCUACUGUUCUUCGUGAUGUUACUCAAAUUGUCCGCCGACAUCCUGGAUCGCCUGGACAUUUUCAUCCUGGAAAUAGAAGAGCUUCAGAUCCCACAGCCACUCUGGUGGGAGUACUUCUGGUGCCUGUCGGUUUUCCUAUCCUUCGUGGGACUCUCCGCGGCUCGCCGCAAUCGGAUAAACGACAUGAAGAAGUAUAUGGUCGGUAUAAGCACAGUUGCCUUUGUUCCGCUUCUAUACUGCCUCAUCUACUACAUGAACGAUGUGCUGGAGUACAUCAGCUUGGAGGAAGGCACCGAACUGGAAGAUACCGACAUCUUCGUCUGGCAGGUAAUUGGUUAUCCAUACGGACUGCUGUGGUACGGAUUUGUCCUGCUGGCGCUGCAGGUGCAUUUCUUCUCACUGUUCUUCGCCUGGAACCUGAUCAAGGCAUGGAAAGGUCGUGGAACACUGAGGAAGGAACAGUAAUCCGAAGUGCAACCAUCAGCUGCUGCACACAGGAAUACAAAAGAUUUGAAAGACAAUAUUUUUCGACGAAUGCAAUGUACUUCAAAGCAACAUCUUUCUAACGCGCCAGUUUCACCAUUCAACGAUUCGAUAGGCAGAUCGUGCUCUUUAUCUACGUAGCGAAUUCAACUUAUUGCUAUCUCUGCUUUCCUGGAAGAAGAACGCAAAUAUAUGUCACCUAGUGAAGAAAAGUUUCCCAUCGAUGUUUGUAGAGCAGAAAGACGAAAACAGAAAAAAAUAUGAUUAGAACCAUGACCCGAAAUACAUAGUUCUUGUGAUCAGAAGACAUAACUCAAAACGUUUUGAAUUACACCAACAUAAAAGACCGCAAAUAAAGCUCCAUUUCUGUCACUCGAACGCGAAUCCUUUAUCCACAUUUCUCAAGACGAAAAUACACAUACGAACGAAAGAAAUAAAAAGUCUGUCUCAGACCUUCAAUAGAAUACAGUUAAUUUUGCCUUUAAUUUUACAAUUUUUACAAUGAUUCAUAGAACUCGUGAAGUUAAAUUUGUUGAGUGAACUGAAAUUUAUUUUCAAUAAUUUUGAUGACGCAACAGUUAAUGCAAAACAAGCUAGCCAUAUACCAACCAAGCUCAAUGUAGUUUAAAAGUAAGAAAUGACAUCCGCGAAGAGCUUAAUCAACACACACACACAUACACACACAGUGUUGAAUCGUAAAAGCAACCAAACGGACUAGGAGAGGGGAGUAGAAAUGCUACUCUCCGGAAAAGAGAUAUUUGCAGAAAAGCCAACCAGCGGAGCGGCGCAUGGAUAUAUUUUCAGAAAAAAAAACGCAAAAGAAAGAGGCGAAAUUUAUUCAAUGAAUAGGAAUGCUACACUGGAGGAAAAUAAAAUAUAAACAAAGCAAAAUGAUAUUUAUUGUGAGUAAUGUUAUUCAACUUGUUCUUAUGAAUGCAGUAGAAAAGUUAAAACUUUAGGAGGGAGGACAAAUAAAGUUGUUGUAAACAAAAG